AGCGCGCAGAUGAUUUUCGAUUUGCUUGUGCCUACGCGUGGGUCAUAUGUUUAACUUUGGAAAUUACCCUGGAGAUAAACUUAUGAAUAGAGGUGUCUUGUCAAGCGAUACCCCAGUUACCCGUCUUUCCAAAAUACUUUCAGAGGCUAAUUUUCUUGACACUUCUAAGAAGAUAGAACUAAAACGUGAGUAUCCUUUGCAAUUCUCAUCUGGGUUUAAAUAGUGAGUCAAAUAUCAAAAAUCGUACCUGCAGAUAUAGAUGAGAGUGCAAACCAAGAACCUCCCACAACGUCAUCAUGGCCUGAAACUCAAGAAAUCUUAGUUCGUGAAAGUUCCAACAGUUGCUCAUCGGGUUACUACAGUAAUGCCACAACUCACUCCGCUCCAGCUUCUUGCAUAUGUGAACGCGUUUGUGAAACAAAUACGUAUGAAAAUGAUCAACCUGUUUCUACAAUUGAAAGUGCCUAUUGUUUUUCGGAGUACUUGACACCUGCUGAGAGCAAACUUCGCAGAGCUCACUCCUGCUCAAGUCGAGGAUGGCUUGCCAAACGACAACGUCGGCAGCAGUGGCCACGGAUAUCUGGUAUCUGUAGAGUGAAAGGGGCAUCGAAUUCAUCCAUUUUGAAUGCUGACACUAAUUCAUGUCCCGCUGUUAUAAAUCACGAUAAUCAGUCAAUGAUGAGGCGUUAUUCUUUACCACCAGUUGGCGAAGUGGGAUCAUCUGGGACUUCAGAUGAUUCUCCAGUAAAGUCAAAUAUCAUGAGUUUUUCAUCCUCCCAAAGUCCCAGCCCAAGAAAACAAGUAGACUUAUCAAACAGUUCUAUGUGUCCUGUGAUAAAAAAGCAACGUUUUGACUCUCCCAUGAAGUCUAAUCUGGACGUUACACUACCAUCAGAGGAUGUAAAUGAUGUUUCAGAUCAUGAAAAUGUUGGAAACUUAUUUCCAAAUGCAAAUCAUAUGCCAAGGCCAUUUUUUGAUCUUCUGCGACAUCAUUCAACUCCUAUGCCAUCUUCUUAUUCAUACAAACCUUGUCCAAGAUCCCCUGUGGAAGUCAUUGCUGAUGGAAAUUUACACAAACCAGUUAUGUCUAAAUGUGUUUCCGAAUUACCUUCAAUUUCAUAUGAUAGAAUUGCAAAGUGUAUCGGUUCUCUGAGUAGUCACAGUUUGUGCAGCGAUGGAAAGCGGUCACGUGCAUUGCGUGUUGUGGAUAGGACUGGCUCCGGUUUACAUUGUGUGUCAAUCGAAACGGUUGCUGAUUUAGUCUCGGGCAACAACAAACGAAAUGUUAAUUAUGUCAUUGUAGACUGCCGCUUUCCUUACGAAUAUGAAGGCGGACAUAUUAAAGGUGCAAUCAAUAUCUUUACUCACAGCGAUCUUGUUCAAGAAAUUUUUAAUCGUGUACCAGCACAGCGGCCUCCUGGUACAUCUGGACCCCCGCGAUAUCUUGGACAAGAAUUAGGUCGAAGAUUAGCAGUAACGCAGCGAGAACCACUAUCUGCACCAUGUGAGCUUCUUUCUGAUGAUGAAGAUGACUUGGAACUUUUUGGAAAUACGACUUCAGAGGUUUCUGACUCAGAUCUACCUUGUGCCGAUGAUAAUGGUGUAAUGGAGACAAAUCUACUUAGUGAUAGUUCGAAAUCAGAGCCAGAUCUCAGUUACAUCAGCAGUAGUACAGCGAAUUCUGGUGAUUCAAACACUCAAGACCCUCCAUUUGUUGUCAUUUUUCACUGUGAAUUUUCCUCUCAGCGUGCACCUGCCUUGGCUGCAUUCCUACGAAGUGUUGAUCGUGUGUCGAAUUACCACCGCUAUCCUUUUCUCUAUUUUCCGGAGAUCUAUGUUAUGAAAGGUGGAUACUCUGCAUUUUACAGAAAAUUCUCUCAUUUGUGUACUCCGCAAGAAUAUGUGAAAAUGUUCCAUCGAGACUAUAGAAAUGAUUUGCGUUUGUACAAGCGUCUCACACGACGUGUGAGUUCUGCCUGUUUGGCAUGUAUUAAACCACAACCAAAAGAAGAAGAAAAGUUAGAUAUACCAUUGUGUGAAGUCGAUAGUUUUUGUCAGCUUCUUCGUAAUACGAAUGUUGGUCGACUGAAGAAACCUGAAGAUAUUCCACUGCAACUUCAAUUUCCUUCGAAGCAUGAAUUCCAUAUCGGAGACGAAAGCGAGGUUUCCUAUAAUGUGCAGGUUGAGAAUAAGGAAAACUGUGUACCAGCAGACGUUUGCAGCCAUUCACAAAAUGCCUCUACUCAUUCUUCAAGUAAUGAGAAGCUUGAUGUGAAUUUUUCCCCUUCCGUAGCACCUUGUAGUUCUGAAAGACUAUCGUCGAGUAUGGUGGAUAGUCCUCUUGGUUUGGCAGAGGUGGUUGUCAGGGUUGGUCGUCGAGUGAUUGCAGCCACGUUGGGUGGUGCUGGCACAAAGUCUACUGAAGUUGUCCGCGCUUUAGAUCAAGCAAAACAACCUGAAUCGGUUCAACCAGUUAAUGUUGUAAAAAGCAGGCCUCAAGGGCGUUUUGCGCUGAAACGUGCGCUUACUACUAGUGCCUUGGAUACUCCUUGUCAGAUGAUACGUCCAAGUGAUCACAAUCCUUUCUGUGAUGGUAGUUAUUUACAAAAUACACCAGCAAUUAGGAAAGCUCGACCUAAUGAUGAUACAUUUGGUUUAGCAACGGCAACAAACAAUAAUAGUAGUUGUUUAACGAUAUCAAACUCCUCAGUUGAUUCGAAUCAUAAUAUUGAGGUUCAGUCUUCACCAGAAAAAGGACUUUUAUCCUACCACAGUCUUUCAACAUAUAGUGAAUGAAUAAGUGUAUAUUUUUUAUUAUUUCUAAUCUUUGUUCUUUUACCCUUGAACAUUGAUCAUCAGCAUUCUCAGGUUAGGUGGGGUGUUUCUUUUUCAACAUAACCUGUAUAUAUUUAUUUCGAAAUAUGCAACUGUAGACAAUCCUCUUAGUUUCUUUAAAAAGCGUGAUGAAUAAUGUUGUUUCUACUUGCAAUAUUUAUACUUUUUUUCAUAGUAAUCAUUUAUCUUUUAUACACAUGUACUACUUAUGUGCAUUUAUUCAAUUCUUUUAGGAGUAUUAUAUUGCUUUUUUAUAUUUUUUUAAUCAGUUAGACAUUUUGUACAGUCUUUUCGGAUUUCUUUUAUAUCCCUGGGUAAAAAUGCAUUUUCCAUGCAAUGUGAACCACUUAGUGAGAGUGUGCUCUGCUCAGUAUUGUCUUUAUUACUACUAUUAUUAUUAUUAUUAUCAUCUUUAUUUUAAAUUAUCUUCCUUCUAUAAGUGUCAUCCAUAUAUGUAUGGAUAUAUGUAUAGACACUUGUAUUUAUGGCAUUUAUCGUCCUAUUGUUUAUAUGUUUCUAUUCAGUGUUUUUUAUUACAAAACAGGCACCAAUUGUUGCAUUUAUAUGUGAUCCAGUGCAUUAUGCAGAAAAUAUGGUUAUAUAUUUUAGAAAAUUAUGAAAAUCACUAUGAAAAGUGAAUGAUAAUAUCUCAUAAUAUACAUGCAUACAUACAUAUAUACAAGUGUAUGACAUUUUUAUGCUGUUGUUAUAUCUUUACCUAAUGCAAACAAGUAGUGACCAACUUAUAUAAGCAUGCAAUUCACUUUUUAUCUCGAAACCUUUUCCGUAUAAUUCUUGCUGAAUUUGUCAUCUUAUACAGUGGGUUUUUUUUUAAUAAUUCGCCUUUUUUUUAUUCGGUCUACUAUGUUGUGCAUAAGUGACUUGCUCAUCUCCUAAUUACUUUUUGCGUUUACUUUCAUGCCGAAAAAAUAACUAGGAUUAUAUGAGAUAUCUUUCAAACCUCUAAACUACUAUUUCCUUUCGCAUUAUAUGAAUUAUUGUGUAGUGUAGAGGUACACUGCUUCAGUUCU